UAUUGUAAGACUGUGAAUGCCCACAGACUGAGGCCAUAUGAUUAUGCGCGUGCGAGGGCUCUGCUGUGCAUGCUCCCGUUUCCUUAUCCGGGGUUUGUCCUGGAGGCGCGCCAUUGGCCAGCUGCUGUCACGUGGCUUCUUAACUUUCUUCACUUGACAGAAAAGUAGGAGGGUUUAACUGAACAGGAAUAACCGAAGAGUAAAGGGAUGACAUAUAAAUUUUAGUUAUAUAUUAUUCGAGUAGGUUCAAUUCAACAAAAAGACUGAAAUUAAUGGCCAUGAGCUCCUAUUUGAUCAACUCUAACUAUGUGGACCCGAAGUUCCCACCGUGCGAGGAGUACUCACAGAGCGACUAUCUGCCCAGCCACUCUCCGGACUACUACAGCUCUCAGAGGCAGGAGGCUGCUGGCUUCCAGCCGGACUCUCUCUACCACCAUCCGCACCACGCACACCACGAAACCCACCAGGCGCGAGCCGAGCCGCCCUACACGCCGUGCCAGCGCCCGGGGCAGCCCGCCUCGGUGGUGAUGUCCCCUCGGGGUCACGUCCUCCACCCGCCCAGGCUGCAGACCACCCCGGUCCCGGAGCAGAGCCACCGCUGCGACUCGGUGACACCCAGCCCGCCUCCGCCUCAGUCCUGCGGCCAAACGCCGCAUAACCAAAGCACUUCCUCCCCCGCAAGCACCCGCAAGGAUCCGGUCGUCUACCCGUGGAUGAAGAAAGUCCAUGUAAACAUUGUGAGCUCGAACUACACAGGGGGCGAGCCGAAGCGGUCGCGGACGGCCUACACGCGUCAGCAGGUCCUGGAGCUGGAGAAGGAGUUCCACUACAACCGGUACCUGACGCGCAGGCGCAGGGUGGAGAUCGCGCACACGCUGUGUCUGUCAGAGCGACAGAUCAAAAUCUGGUUCCAGAACCGGAGGAUGAAGUGGAAGAAGGACCACAAGCUGCCCAACACCAAGGUCCGCUCCGGGACGAACAGCACCACGAACUCUCAGACCCUGAGCGGUUCCCAAAGCCGGUCGACCGGACCACUAUAACCCGCUGGGUCUCUGCUAUGAGGCCCCACGUUUCCUGUCUGAUUCUCCAACAUAACGCCGAACCGGCAGCCGCGCUUGUAACCACUGCAAACAGCACUUUGGACCAGAAUGACGCGCCCUCUGGAGAGAGAUGGAUGUUUUUUCUUCCGUAUGGCCCCGAUGCUACACACAAUAAUAUGACGUUAUGACGUGCGAUAGGGUGGCGGGAGUUUCUCUAUUUAUAGAGAUUGAAAUCAAUAGAAGCGAAGAGUACCGAGAGGAGUGAAAAUGAGGCGGUGGCUUCUUAGGGUUUAGCCCACUUCCGUUGCCUGCUUUAUUCCAGACUUUACGUCCCUCUCUCCUCUUCUUUGUGACGCUGCAUAAGACCGUAACCUGAAGAUAAUGGGCCCGCGUGUGUGUGUGUGUUUUCUCCCUUUUUCGUUCUAUUCCAGACAUUUUUGGUGGAGAUGGAUCCUCUUUUUCAUCUUUAAUCAUGCCAAACCCGAGCCUCAUUUGUCAUGUUUACUCUGCGGCUACAAAGCAAAGGGGUGAACCGCGGCUCUGCCCCAUCAGCACCCUCCCCAGAACCCCCACCCCCACCCCCCCCCCACCGCACUGCAACACACAUAUGCACGUGUAAUAAAUGGACACACGCACUGCAACACACACACACACACACACACACACACACACACACACACACACACACACACACACACACACACACACACACACACACGCACGCACGGACGCACGCUCUUAUCCCCUGUCACGCUUAUAGUACUCACAAUAUAACAAUAUAACCUCCAGUACGAUCCAAAUGGCACCAGACAGAUCUCUGUCUCGCUGAUAUUGUUACUAUUUCAGUUCUGUCUAAUGACAAAUACAGCUUCUUAAAAUUGAAUUAUUUUUUAAAUUCAGUGUUUAUUGUAAACUUGUUUAUGCUGUUAUUGAGGAGGAGCUUUUGUGUGGUCUUGUGAUUGUUCAUAGUGAUGUGAUACAGGGAAAAGGUUGUCAGGGUGACGGUCGAACCCAAGUAUUUUUAAAAGCUGCCUAAACAAAAACUCUACUAUUCAAACCAAAAUCCCGGUACAAAAAACACCAACGCAGCACUAUACAAUACCUAUUACCUCAGUUGUACCUAAAUUAAUACAUAUAUAGAAAUAUUUUGUCAUCUUUUUUUAUUUUGAUCGUUUUAUGAAGUACCGGCUUUUAGGUUUUUAUAUAUUUUUGUGGAAUUGUGUAACGCUUUAUUUUGAUAAUAAUUAUUAUUACAUGCAAUACUAAAAGCGCUAUUCAUUUCUUGUCUGUGCAAACCGUAAAGUAGAGAAAUAUAAUUUAAUUCUAAGCAGUUGUUGCAGGCAGGGACGUUAAAAACACGAGGAGCCUUUGCUGCAUGAUCGAACAGUUUACAUUUAUUUCAGCAUCUUUUCCUCUUUGUUCCCGUUUUCCUCCGCGGUCAACGCUCGUAAACACGUUUCUUUUCUCCCUCCGCGUCUCCCUCACUCUGUGCUCGAAUGCCACGUUCCUGAAAGUGUUACAAAUUUACAUUCCAAAGAUACAACGUGUACAGAUGAUGAUGAUGAUGAUAUUAACGAUUGUACUGUUGGACAUUGUGUAAGUUGCUCCUUUCUCUGCGUAUAUCUGCUCCUCUAAUAUGUGUAAAUAGUUCAUAGAAAUUUAAAUAAAUAUCUGACGUGUAA